UCCCGCCUCUCAAGAGCGUCCUCCAGCGCGUGGCCAAGAGGGGAGAGAGGGUCCAGGCUCUGUCCACCCCUGUGGGUUGCCAGCUGUCGAUAUCUCUUUCGGGGUCGAGAUCCAGUCCCUAGUUUGUGAAGAGUGAGUUUCCAGAGAACGAAGGGAGAGGGAAAUGUGGAGUCUGAAGGGCCAGGAAACGAGUUACGGUUUUGUCACUUCCUGGCUAGAGACCGUGGAGGCAUCAAAUAAUGUCAUCUGAAAUGAUGCCAGCAUUUAUUGAGACCUCUAAUGUUGAAAGAAAGCAAGACUUAAGUGAAGAUCAAGAGGAAAGCCAGAAGCCAAGAUUAGGUGAAGAGUUUGAACCAAUAUCUAAACGACAAAUGAAGAAGCUAAUGAAACAGAAACAGUGGGAAGAACAACGAGAACUCCGCAAACAAAAGCGGAAGGAAAAACGCAAGAGAAAGCAGUUAGAGCGACAAUGUCAACUGGAAUCAAACUCAGAUGGAAAUGAUAGAAAACGUGUUCGAAGAGGUGUUGUUCACAGCACACUUCGUCUUAUCAUUGACUGCAGUUUUGACAGCUUGAUGAUAUUAAAGGACAUUAAGAAACUUCAUAAGCAGAUUCAACGAUGUUAUGCAGAAAAUCGACGAGCACUGCAUCCUGUGCAGUUUUAUUUGACAAGCCAUGGAGGCCAGUUGAAAAAGAACAUGGAUGAAAAUGACAAAGGAUGGGUCAACUGGAAGGAUAUUCACAUUAAACCAGAGCACUAUAGUGAAUUCAUAAAGAAAGAAGACCUGAUAUAUCUUACAUCAGAUUCCCCUAAUGUACUGAAGGAAUUAGAUGAAUCAAAGGCUUAUGUGAUUGGAGGAUUAGUAGAUCACAACCAUCACAAGGGACUCACAUAUAAACAAGCAUCAGAUCAUGGAAUUGACCAUGCACAGCUUCCCCUUGGAAAUUUUGUGAAGAUGAAUAGUAGAAAAGUUUUGGCAAUUAAUCAUGUGUUUGAGAUUAUUCUGGAAUACCUGGAAACAAGAGACUGGCAAGAAGCCUUUUUCACUAUUUUACCCCAAAGGAAAGGAGCUGUUCCCACAGACAAAGUGUGUGGGAAUUCUUCCCAUGACAAGAAGUCUGCCAGAGUUGAAGGUGGAUUGGACAGUGAUUCCAGUGAGGAAGACACCAGCAGAAAUGAACUAGAUUCACCACAUGAAGAAGAAAAGCAGGAUAAAGAAAAUAGCACUGAAUCUAUAGUGAACUCUAUACCAAAGUAAUGUCAACUGAGUUUUUGUUCGUUUUCUCUUCUUUUUUUUUUUUAAGGAAAAAUUAGGAGAAAAUGAGGUGCUUCAUAGAAUACUCAAAUUGGAAAAAAAUUCAUUUUCUCUUCAGUUGAAUUUUUAAAACUUUCAGAGCUGAUAAAAAGUUCUUGUAAAAAAACACUUUUUGUUUUUGCAUAAGAUUUACAUGUGUAAUUUGAAAUACUAGUUUUUUAAGCCUCAAAUAAGUUUUGAGGAUUUUUCUUUAAUAUUAAACCUUCAUUCUCUCAUUUACUGGGUUGUAUUCUUCAGAAUGUGCCUUCUGACCCAUUUGUUUUAUUAUUUAAUGUUUUUAUCAAUGUCUUACUGGUUUAUUUCCUACAUAUUUGUAGAGGCUGAUAUUCAUAAAUCUCCUGUAAGUAUACCAAAGUGUUCAGUAUGUGAGAUCCCCUUCUACUUGCAGCUUUCGUAUUCAAUAACUUCAAAGGAAUAUAGUGAUUUUAGGAAGAAGUAUCAGAUUGAUAAACUCAACAGUUUAUUUGUUUGGGACUGUUGACCUGUCUCUCUUCCUCUUUCGAUGCCUUUUUGUGGUUCCAAAGCAAUCACUGACGAGUUACACUCUUUAAUAUAUUUUCUUUUUUUAAAUAUAUAUUUUUAAAUUCAAAUCAUGGUGGUAAAUUAUUUCCAUUACAAAAUUUAAUUUUUCAGGCUAGAUUAUUUUAGAAAGCUGUUGAAGGAUCAACAUAAUUUUGUCUUUACCUAAAAAGAAAUAGCUCUUAGCAGGUAUCUUUUCGUUCCAUAUAUACUUUUAUUUUUUAAAAAUCUGUUCAUUCUUAAAGUUAACUUUAUAUGUGCAUCUCCACCUACUAUCAUAUGAGCAAGUUAAUGUAAAUGUUUAUUUCUGUAAAUAACAUAAGUGUAUGAAAAUAUGCAUAUACUACAUAUAUCUGUCCAUAUCAUGUAUGCUUCUCAAUGAUACACAGCAUUGAGUUGUCAUGUAUGUGUAUCAUUUGAGUGAAUGGUUGUGUCCAACAACACUGAGGAAUUUGAAUUUCACAAAGUACAAAAUCUAAAAAUAUUUGUGUGAGGACAUUGGUAAGGUAAUAUGGGGCUAAAUGAGAUGUUCUAGUUUUCUACCAGUAACUGUAGAGCAGUAAUGUUUAAAGUAAGCAAUUGUCCUUUGUCACAACAAUAGUAAGAUUUCAGAAACCUUCACUGAGUGGAUCAAAUGAAGUUUCUGUUCUUUUUACUCACUGGCAUCUUAAAUUAUAUACACAUUUAGUAGAAAGUU